AUGUCUUCGUCGUUAAAUUUCCCUCGUCCGACUAUCGAGGCUGAUGAUCUCGAGAACCUUUACAAGGUGUACGGGGUCGAUCGCGCUGUCGUUCUUGAUUUGGCCGGUACGAAUGAGACUCUCGAAACCGUGAGAGAAGGCUACUACGGAGCCUAUAUUUCCUUCUUUCAUUCCUGCGGUCUUACCUUCCUGAUCCCGGAGCCAAUACUGGAGGCUAGGGAGGAGGGUCUUGCUUUUGGUCUUAGUGAGUUUUGUCAGCUCGUUCUGGUGAAGCGGAAUAAGCAGAACCCAGGUACUUUCCUCGUGUCUCCGCGCCCAGGUGGCCACAUCAUCGAAGACAUCCCUUAUCGCGACGAGAAGUGGCGCGAGCAAUUUUUCGUUUUCAAUAUGGAUCCAGCAUCUAUGGGUGACUUCGAUUUCUCCCAGCUUCCCCGACGUUGGGCUGAGAAUAUCGUUCCUUCUGGAAGUUCUUCAAUGUCGGAUGAGAUCCGCGAUAUUAUGAGGGCCCUUCGGAGAGGUUGUUCAAACUGGUCUACUUUUGAUCGAACUCGGAUUCAAAAUGUCCACGCCUUGCCGGCGGGGACCAAUAAAGCUCCUUCGGCCGAGGGGUCUGAAGGCGAGACCGAUCAUUCCCAGGAGGUCGUAGCGACUCCUUCUGUUCAGACUCAGUCUUCAAAUUGGCUAACUAGGCAGCUUGUGAGAAGAUCGUCAUUUCAAACUUCUGGGUUUGCAUCGAGGGACCGAGCUUCCGGAAAAUCUCCCUUGAUCUCGAUUCAUGAUUCCGACGACGAAGAUGUUUCAGGAGAGACUCGACCUCCUGUCUCGUUGAGUCCUGGCUCAGAAGACGAGACCAUGGCGGCGACUCGUAAGCGACGUCGGUCAUCGGAAGGUGACUUGCCCAGUCCGUCUCGUCCUAGGUUUGCUUCUGAGGGAGAUGGCUCUUUGUUUGCGGCCCAAAGCGAAUUAAUUUACCUCUCUGGUCGCAUGAGGUCAGCGGGUUGUCGUCUCCCAUCUCUCGCUUCCUCAGUCGAGAGGGAAGCCUAUGUCAAGGUUGCUGUGGCGAGCUCUAAGAUGAUGGAAGCUUUUAAUGAGUACGUCGUGAUGAUGGCGGAUCAUGUCGUGGCUUCUCGGAACGACAAGGAAAUCGAGAGUAUUGGUUCUGAGAUCAAGAGGCUUUCGAAGGAGCUCGAAGCCACCAAGCGAGAAGGGAAGAAGGAUGCCGAGAAGAUCGAAGAUUUGACUGAAGACUGGAGAAGAUUUGCUCUGACAUCCCAGAUGGUUGCUCAAAGGGGUAGGUGGGCGAGCAAGAAGAAGGAAGUGUCUGCUGAGAUCUGGCUACAAGAAGUGACCGCAAACAUCGAUCUCCUGAACGAGCUUAGGGAUGGGGGCCUGACUGUGGAUGCGGAGCUUGCACGAUUAAAGGGAAUUGAAGGAGAUUGUGAGGAUCUUGUCGCCCUAGCCGCCGUGCCGGAUUGGUAG